UCAUUAAUAUCUUCAUCCUAUCUUCCUUGAAUGACCAUGUAGUUAUGAGAAUUAACUGUCUGAAUGUUUUCCUUUUUCUUUCCCCUUUCCCCAUCCCUAGUACUUCAAUAACAUCUGCCAAAAUCCACGUGAAUGGAGUCCACCUGCAUUAUCAGCAGACAGGAGAAGGAAGCCAUGCAGUCCUCCUGCUUCCCGGAAUGCUAGGGAGUGGUCAAACUGAUUUUGGACCACAGCUUAAGUCUAUGAAUAAGCAACUUUUCACAAUUGUUGCUUGGGAUCCUCGGGGAUAUGGACAGUCCAUUCCUCCAUCACGAGACUUUCCUCCAGAUUUCUUUGAGAGGGAUGCAAAAGAUGCUGUGGAUCUUAUGCAGGCACUGAAAUUUAAGAAGUUCUCUUUGCUGGGGUGGAGUGAUGGUGGAAUUACAGCACUCAUUGCAGCCGCAAAGUAUCCAACUCUUAUCCACAAGUUGGUUGUCUGGGGAGCAAACACCAGCGUUACUCAAGAGGAUGUGAGAAUUUAUAAUGGCAUCCGAGAUGUUUCAAAAUGGAGUGAAAAGGUCAAGAAACCACUGGAAGAUAUGUAUGGACAUAAGUACUUUGCAAGAACCUGUGAGGCUUGGGUAGAUGGAAUAUCUCGCUUUGCUGAAAAAUCAGGUGGUAAUAUCUGCCAAGAGUUGCUGCCAGAUAUUAAAUGUCCCACUUUUAUAAUUCAUGGUGAAAAAGACCCUUUGGUUCCACAAGCUCAUGCAGAAUACAUUCAUAAGCACAUCAAGGACUCUCGGUUGCUUCUGAUGCCAGAAGGAAAGCAUAAUCUACACCUGCGUUUUGCAGAUGACUUCAACAGACAAGUGGAAGAUUUCCUACGCUAACUGAAACUGUAAAACACGUUAGAGGCGUUUGUCUUUAACUUGUUUAGGAAUUUCUAGUUGGCUUUCCAUUUUCAUUCAAGUUACAGAUAGGUUUGAAUCCUGUAAGAAAAAACAGGAAAGAUACUGGCAUGAGAACCAUACAUUUUGAGAACAUAAGCCUCAGUGAAGCAGAGCACACCACUGUCCUGCAAGGUUUCUUUUAAGUUACUUCUUGCCACAUAGACCAAAUUAGCUGUUCUGUGUCCAAUAAAGGUGUUAAAAAAAGACAGAAAACAUGAUCUAGAAUACAUGCCUUUAUGUGCUCUUAACAUUGAAGGUCAAAAACAUUGUAAUAA